AUGGCUUGGUGCUUCUGCUGUUGUCGGAAGUGCCCCUAUUUCCUGUCGGAAGAAGAUAAAGCUGCUGUUGUGUUAGAUAAAGAAAUCAACAAAAUACUAAGAGACCAGAAAAAGCGAGACAGGAUGGAGCUGAAGUUACUUCUACUAGGCGCUGGGGAAAGCGGGAAGAGCACGUUCAUCAAACAGCUGCGGAUAAUCCACGGGGCGGGCUAUUCGGAAGAGGAUCGCAAAGGCUUUGCCAAGCUGGUGUAUCAGAACGUCUUCGCCUCCAUGCAGGCCAUGAUCGGAGCCAUGGAGACUUUGCAGAUCCCUUAUGCCCAGCCAGAGAAUGUGGAAAACGCCAAACUGGUCAUGGGGGUGAACGCUUCGAAGGUGGCGGCCUUGAUCAGGCCGUACGCAAACGCCAUUGAAAGCCUAUGGAGGGACGCGGGGAUCCGGACCUGCUACGAGAGACGGCGCGAGUAUCACUUACUGGAUUCGGCCCUGUAUUUUCUGUCCAGCCUGGAGCGUAUUGCAGACGACAGUUACAUCCCCACAGCUCAGGAUGUCCUGAGGAGCCGCAUGCCGACGACCGGCAUCAGUGAAUACUGCUUCUCCAUGCAGGAGAUGAUCUUAAGGAUUGUGGAUGUGGGUGGGCAGAAGUCGGAGCGCAAGAAGUGGAUACACUGUUUCGAAAACGUUAUUGCCCUGAUCUACCUGGCUUCCCUCAGCGAGUACGACCAGUGCCUGGAGGAGAAUAGCGAGGAGAAUCGGAUGAGGGAGAGCCUGGCCCUGUUCAGAACCAUCCUGGAACUGCCCUGGUUCCAGAGCGCCUCUGUGAUCCUCUUCCUCAACAAAACCGACCUCCUGGAGGACAAGAUCACCCACUCGGACCUGGCCGCCUACUUCCCCAGCUUCCCAGGACCCAAGCGAGAUGCGGCGGCGGCGAAGAAGUUCAUUCUGGAGAUGUACGUGGACACCUACAAGCGAUGCUCCGCUGUCCACUGCGACGCAGGGCAGAGACCCUCCAAGACGGCCUCCAAAUCCAGGUGCCUCUACCGCCACUACACCUGUGCCACGGAUACGCAGAACAUCCGCAAGGUUUUCAAGGACGUCAGGGAUGUGGUCUUGGUCGGCUAUUUGGACGAGAUCAACCUGCUGUGA